AUGGAACAAUGUAUUAAGUUUAUAUUUUUUAUCAAAAUUUCUAUGUUUAUCCUUUUAAAUUGGAUGUGUCAUUUUUACUGUGAUAUGAUCAGUUUUAAUAAAAUUUUGGACGAGAAGUAUAAUUUUGGUAAAAAAUUAGAUACACGAAUUUAUCGAUUAUUAGGAAAUUAUAAAAAUUAUAUUUAUUCAUAUGUUGGAGAUUUAGAAUUGAACAUACCAUAUAGCACAAAAAAAAAGAACGAAAAAUUGCUUACAAAUGAUAAUGAAAAAUUAGACAAAGAAAAAAAAGAAAAAUUACAAAGAAGCUUAUUAUAUAAGGAACAAUUAAUUAAGAGACUUAUGAAAAAUAAAUGCACCAUGUUACAUAAAUCAUAUAACUAUUAUGAAAAAAAAAUAAUGAAUGGACUUGAUGAUAAAUCUUUUUUUAAAAAAAUGAUAUUAAUUAAUGAUAAGGAUUACAAAAAAUUAAAAUGUAAAAAAUAUAGAUUAAGGAUUUGCUUACUUUUAUUAUUAUUCAUAUUGGUAUUAAUUUUACCUAUCAUAGAUUUAUCUUAUGGUAAAUUUAAAAAAACGGGUAGUUUAUUAGGUGUAUUAUGUAGUUUAUCAGGAUUUAAUGGGGAAGUUCCAACAGAAGGUGAUACUCUUACAGACUUUUUUACUUAUUUAUUGUUCUCAACAUGUAAAGGGAGUAAUAUUAUAGGAUAUAAAGUAUUUGGUAUCCUAAUAUAUUGUUUACCUAUCUUAAUACUGGGUAUUAUACUUAUACGAGGAAUUUAUUAUUAUUAUAAAAAUGUUAUAAAAAAUAAACAAAUUAGAUUCAUUAAAGCGUUCAAUGAAUGGUAA